CGCACUGCGCUGAUCCGAUGGCAGGAGCCAGGAGCCAGGUGCUUUUCCUGGUCUCCCAUGGGGUGCAGGGCCCAAGCACCUGGGCCAUCCUCCACUACACUCCCUGGCCACAGCAGAGGGCUGGCCUGGAAGAGGGGCAACCGGGACAGAAUCCGGCGCCCCGACCGGGACUAGAACCCGGUGUGCCGGCGCCGCUAGGCGGAGGAUUAGCCUAGUGAGCCGCGGCGCCGGCUCACCCUGAAUUACUUUUGAUGAAAAAGCCUCAUCAUUUCUUGAGGUAAGGAAUGCUGUUGAGCUUAAUUUUUGUUGUAAAUUAAGAGGAUUUUGUACUUUCAGGAUCAUGGUUAUCAUUCUGAUGUUGAGUUGUUACUGUAGUCAGGAUUUUGAAUGAAUUUUAUCAGAAUUUGUACUAACUCUAAGUAUACAUUGGAAGUUAUUUUAAUACCUAAAAUAUCUAUAUCAGAUUCUUAAAGUUUAUCAAGGGCUUUUGAUGUUGGUGUCAGAUUACUUCUGGGUUUUCUGAUUGUUGUAUUUUUUGAACCUUAAUAAAUAACUUGAUUACUCAGGUAUUAUAUGCAGUAUUUUGCCCCUUCCCUUUUGAAAAAAAAAAAAAAAAAAGCUAGAGUCAUUGUAAAAUAAUGAUUCAGAACAUGCUUAGAUUUUAAACCAAGCUCCAGUUCCAUGACUUGGCUGUUUUUCUUUAUCAGUUGAUCUAGUUAAUGUAAUUUGUGUCCUAGAGCAGGGGUGCGGAAUAUCUAGUCUAUGGGCCAUAUAAGGCCUGAGAAAUCAUUUGGUCUGGCCCUGUCAAGGCAAAAGCAGGUGGGACUUGAAAUUCAGUAAAUCUAUAACAGGCUAAUUCUUAAGCUGACGAUUUUGUGUGUCCCAUGAAUGAUGUUAUAAAUAUUCAAAUAGCCCUUGGCAGAAAAAAAGGUUCCCUACCUGUCACAGUUAGGAGAGUUGGAUAUAUUUAAAGCAGCUAGUCAAAGUCCUAGACAGUGGGCAGCACUUGGUAAAUGAUAGCUCUUGUUAUUUUAGAGGGCGGGCUUGCCUUCUCAUAACAAAGGAAGAGCUGGGAGAUUGGUGAAAGGCCAGGGUUAAGCCUUGAGGAUCUAGAUUUCUCCACCGUGAUAGGCUUGUGUUAUUUUGAUUCCUCUGGGACUUAGUAUUAUGGGGGGAAAGCAGAAGUUAAGAAUUAUAAAUAUUGGGACUGUUAUUUUUAUAUUGUUAUAAUCCUACUUGAAUGAGGGAUAAAUGGGGUUAUUUAUGAAUAUGGCAUGUUUAAAUUUUAUUCUUCUUUGGAAGGCUAGAGAGUGCAUGAGUGAACGAGAGACACGUAGCUCCCAUCUGAUGUUUUGCCCUCCAGGUGCCUGUCAAACUGGCGCUGGUGAUGGCUGAGCCUGGAAGGACAAGCUGGGUCUCUCUCUUAGGGGUGGCAGGAACCUAAUGACUUGUUCCAUUGCUGUUGCUUUCAGGGUCUGUACUGGUGGGAAGGAGGAGUCAGGAGCCCCAUAUGGAACCCAAGUCCUUUGAUAUGGGAGAAGUAUUUCUUCACUGCUAGGCUAAAUGCCCGCCCAUGGAUAGGAACUGUUUUAUCUUGUUUUGCACAAGUGAACUGCUUUGAUCAAAGUUUUAUGUGCUUUAGAGGAGGAUCACAUGAACCACCAACUGUUUUACACAGUGGCUGCACCAUUUUACAUAUCCCCAGUUUGUUUUUGUUUGCCCUCUGUCAUGCUGAGAUCAUGCUGACUUGAAAAAGAAAAUGAGCCAAAGAUCAGUCUUUUUUUUUAAGGCCAGUCUGUCCAUAUGGGGAUGGGGAAGCCUUGGCAUUGUCCUUUUUCUAAUAACCUUUGGACCUUUUGUAAUAUUUUAUUUGGCAUUUUAUAUCCUCUGCUUUGUGGGUGGGGGUUUAGUGGUUACUCUCCUGUUUGGAAAAACAAACUCAGAGAAGUACCUAGAGCAGUGUGAACACUCAUUUCUUCCUCCAACAUCAACUGGGGUUCCUAAGUGCUUAGAAGAAAUGAAACGGGAAGCCAGAACUAUUAAGAUUGAUAGAAGAUUGACGGGUGCCAAUAUAAUUGAUGAACCUCUCCAGCAAGUUAUCCAGUUUUCCUUGAGGGACUAUGUUCAAUAUUGGUAUUAUACACUAAGUGAUGACGAAUCUUUUCUUCUUGAAAUUAGACAGACUCUUCAGAAUGCACUCAUUCAGUUUGCUACUAGGUCAAAAGAAAUAGACUGGCAACCUUAUUUUACUACACGAAUUGUAGAUGAUUUUGGCACACACCUACGAGUAUUCAGAAAGGCUCAACAGAAAGUAACAGAAAAAGAUGAUCAAGUAAAAGAUGGUUCCUGUCUUUGUGCAGGUACAGCAGAAGAUCUUGUAGAUACCUUCUUUGAAGUUGAAGUGGAAAUGGAGAAGGAAGUUUGCCGUGACCUAGUGUGCACUUCUCCCAAAGAUGAAGAAGGAUUCCUAAGGGAUUUGUGUGAAGUCUUGUUGUACUUAUUGCUACCUCCUGGAGAUUUCCAGAACAAGAUCAUGCGAUACUUUGUCAGGGAAAUCCUUGCACGAGGAAUUCUUCUUCCAUUAAUAAAUCAACUCAGUGAUCCUGAUUAUAUUAAUCAAUAUGUCAUAUGGAUGAUCCGUGAUUCUAAUUGCAGCUAUGAGGCCUUUAUGAACAUUAUUAAAUUGAGUGACAACGUUGGAGAGCUAGAAGCGGUUAGAGAUAAGGCAGCGGAAGAAUUACAGUAUCUUAGAUCUCUAGAUACAGCUGGUGAUGAUAUCAACACUAUCAAAAAUCAGAUAAAUAGCUUAUUGUUUGUAAAGAAAGUAUGUGAUUCAAGAAUACAGCGGUUGCAGUCAGGCAAAGAAAUAAAUACUGUGAAACUGGCAGCAAACUUUGGGAAACUUUGCACAGUCCCCUUGGACAGCAUUCUUGUAGACAAUGUUGCACUACAAUUUUUCAUGGAUUACAUGCAGCAAACUGGAGGUCAGGCACAUCUUUUCUUCUGGAUGACAGUGGAAGGAUACCGGGUUACAGCCCAGCAACAGCUAGAGGUUUUAUUAAGUCGCCAAAGGGAUGGAAAACAUCAAACCAACCAAACCAAAGGUCUUCUAAGAGCAGCAGCUGUUGGAAUUUAUGAACAAUAUUUAUCAGAAAAGGCAUCUCCAAGAGUUACUGUUGAUGACUAUUUAGUAGCAAAAUUAGCAGAUACUUUGAAUCAUGAAGAUCCAACCCCUGAAAUCUUUGAUGAUAUUCAAAGAAAGGUAUAUGAGUUGAUGUUACGAGAUGAAAGAUUUUAUCCUUCCUUCAGACAGAAUGCCCUGUAUGUGCGCAUGUUAGCUGAGCUUGACAUGUUAAAAGAUCCUAGUUUCAGAGGAUCAGAUGAUGGGGAUGGAGAAUCUUUUAAUGGGUCUCCUACAGGAAGCAUAAAUUUGUCUUUAGAUGACCUUUCCAGCAUGUCUUCUGAUGACUCGACACAGCUUCAUGCUUACAUCUCAGACACUGUAUAUGCUGACUGUGACCCAUAUGCCGUGGCAGGCGUCUGUAAUGAUCACGGCAAGACCUAUGCCUUGUAUGCCAUCACUGUGCAUCGCCGCAGUCUCAAUAGUGAGGAGAUGUGGAAAACGUACCGUCGGUACAGUGACUUCCACGACUUCCACAUGAGGAUCACGGAGCAGUUUGAAAAUCUAUCAAGCAUUUUGAAGCUUCCUGGUAAAAAAACUUUUAAUAAUAUGGAUAGAGAUUUUUUAGAAAAGAGAAAAAAGGAUCUAAAUGCGUAUUUGCAGUUACUGUUAACUCCUGAAAUGAUGAAAGCAUCUCCAGCUCUGGCCCACUGCGUGUGUGAUUUCCUUGAGAACAAAGCCUAUAGUAAAGGGAAAGGGGAUUUUGCUCGCAAGAUGGACACUUUUGUAAAUCCGCUUCGCAAUUCUAUGAGGAAUGUUUCAAAUGCAGUUAAAUCUCUUCCUGAUAGCCUGGCAGAAGGAAUGACUAAAAUGUCAGACAACAUGGGCAGAAUGUCGGAAAGAUUAGGUCAAGACAUAAAGCAAUCAUUUUUCAAGGUACCUCCUUUAAUUCCGAAGGCUGAUUCAGAUGCUGAACAUUGUCGAGUCUCAGCUCAGCUUGAUGACAAUGUGGAUGACAAUAUUCCACUUAGGGUGAUGUUGCUUCUCAUGGAUGAAGUAUUCGACUUGAAGGAGAGAAACCAGUGGUUGCGAAGGAAUAUCAAAAACCUGCUGCAGCAGCUGAUUAGAGCUACAUAUGGUGAUACCAUUAACAGAAAAAUAGUUGACCAUGUUGACUGGAUGACCUCACCUGAACAAGUUGCUGACUCGGUGAAGCGUUUCAGAGAUGCAUUUUGGCCAAACGGCAUCUUAGCAGAGACUGUUCCAUGCAGAGAUAAAGCUAUUCGAAUGCGAACAAGAGUGGCAGGAAAAACUAAAUUACUUGCAAUUAUGCCAGAUGAACUGAAGCACAUUAUUGGGGCUGAGACGACACGGAAAGGUAUUCUUCGUGUUUUUGAAAUGUUUCAGCACAACCAGUUAAAUCGGAGAAUGGUUUAUGUCUUCUUGGAAGGCUUUUUAGAAACCUUAUUUCCGCAGUACAAAUUCCGUGAACUUUUCAACAAACUGCAUUCCCGGUCAAAGCAGAUGCAGAAAUACAAACAGAAACUUCAGACUCCUCAAGCGCCUUCUUUACAGAGAAGGUGACGCUUCAGUCUGUGAAGCUGGGGUCCGCUUCUCCAGGACUGAUGGUCUGGACAGAUCUUCUGGGGCUUAACUCAUAUACGGUCGUGUCUGCACCAGUCUUGUAGUGUCUCAAAAUAGAUUAUUAAUACAUCCAUAAUACUGUGGUUCUUCUCAUCCUCAUCUGGAAUGCAGCCACUGCCAAGAGAGGUUUCUGUCUCAGAUGAUUUGGUGCAAGUUUUGCAACAUUGACAGGAUACUGCUCCCACCUCAAGCAAGAGGACGUUGCUCUCUUGGCUUCGGACUAUUCAGCGUUCUCCAGCAACAACAGAGUGCCAGAGUGUAUGAGAGCCAAGGAAAGCACAAAGUAGCGGUUCACAGAUAAAUUGGCUGAUAUGUUUAACAGUUAGAGAGUGCAGUGUGUGCUUUGGAGGGAUUUGUUCUGCAUAAGAAUUGUGCAGGUCUGUGUCAGCGUUUUGAUAUAGGGUAGAUUAGCCACAUAACCAAUCUUUGGAACAUCUAUUUUGGGUUGAGAAGAGUGACAGAACGCCCUAAAGUAUGGAAUAUCCUUAUUCCUGACAUAACAGUUCUGUGGCAUGAAAUCCAAAUAUAAAAUAAAACCAAUCAAAACAGGUUUUGAUUGGCUUAUUCAUUAGAGUAAGACUCGUUUUAAUUGGUUGUUACGUGCUGUAAGGGCUCGGUUUUGCUCCUAUGGUACUCACUUUAAGUUGUCUACUGGCAUUCUAUGUGCAAAAGGAAGCAAGGCGUGGCUGUCCUUUCAGGUUCAGAAUGACUCGUUUUGUCUCUAACAGAUUACUGAUUAUGCAGGAGGGGGGAAUUUGUUGGAAGAACUGCCAAAUACAUUCUGUCCUUCUAAAAAUAUGGAAAUUAAAAGACAACAGUACUCUAUUGAAAGUUACGAUAUGAUAAUUUAAAAUUGUGUGAUCUAGACAUGCCUUAGGUAACUGCAAUUAUAGCAAAUCAGAGGAUUAAUGAGCUUAUUAGUCAUAUGUAAACAUACAAAUUCCUAAUUCUAUUUCAGUGUACAUAUAGCAAAAUAAAUAAUGAAGACAGAACUAUAAUGUUUUUAAAAAUAUGCUUUUAUUUAUAUUUCGCAUAAUGUAAGAUUCUACUAAAUAAAGCUAAUAGGCAAAACUCCUUUGUGUAUACAUUUAAGUCCCUAAAAUAAUUUUAUACCAAGAAAGCAAAGUACCUUUUCCAGUUUUGAAGACUGCAUUUCCUGUAGUUUUCUCACUCUCCAUUUUGUCCAUCUUGGAAGUCUUCAUAUCCCUUUUAUGCAGGAUUUCUGCAUAAUUUUAAUGCUUCCAUUGACGAGGGGUUUGAAUGUGCCAGCUAUUUUUGUUUUAAAAAUAAUUAACACUAAAACCUUAAAAUAGUGAAGCUACUUUUCAGACCACUGAGCCAAGAUCCUGGUAUUAAACGAGCGUCUGGGUGCUUAAGAUAAAGGGACAGAGUAUUGGUAUCCCAGUUAUUUGGGAGUUUGAAGAUUGGAACAAGAUCUUACUGUCUUGUUUUCACUUAGAUCUUACUUACAAAAUGAAGCCUAUUAACAGAAUAAAGCCUUCCUUUAAAGUUUAUAAUAGUCGUAUUUAUUAAUAGUGCUGUUGUGCAUACUUGUAUGCAUAUAUUCAGCAUGUGUUGCAUGUCUUCAGAAUUAUAGAAAUGAGAUCCCUUUCAGUGCAACUUGUAAGUGAGAAAAGAUCCCUCGUGGCUCUGAUGGAAGGAAAUAAUAUUUCUUCUCAGUGUGUCUCCCCAUCCCACCCUGCCCUGUGCCCCAGCUUAAAGUGGGGAUGUGUGAAACAUGUCUGUAGGAAGCCACAGCAUGGCCAUAAGUGCAAUGAUUUCUGUAUGUGUCCCUGCCCAAUUCAACUAUAUUUUUGACAUGAAUAAGUCUAAAAAGUGUAGAGAAGAAUUCCUGUAAGAGCCUAGUGUGUAACAGGUGAGAAAGCAUUUCUGUACAGCGUGAGGAACAGUGUCUCUCAACCAGGGAAAGAAAGGUCGUGUAAGAUUCCAGAUUUCCCCAGCAGAGCCCUACAAGAUAACUGCAGUCAUACCAAAAACUAUUUGAAUACGUGGGUUUUUUAAAAAUAAUUUUUCUUUAAAAGAGUUUAUAUUUCAGAAGCAGACAUGCCAGAUGGUAGUCUAUCUAAAUGGUGGUGCAUCUUCUCUAUGCACAUUUGUGUUCCACAUCAGAGAGAGCCGUGGUUAUGCUAAAGUUAGAGAUACUCUUUGAAUGACUCGGUCAAGAUGUGUGUAAAAUAUGUAACCCAUACAUCAAGUACAGUGUACUAUGUUUAAUAAAGUUAUUACAUUUAAUGCAUUUAUUGCAUAUAUGAAUAUAAACAUGAAGAGGCUUUAUGUCUUCUGAUAUUUGAUUUUUGAAUGUGUUUUUAAGUCAGUGGUGCCUUUAGGCAAGAACCUUCAAAAUUAAUCAUUCUCCGUUUGGGUUUUCUGAUCUUCAGGUAACAUAUGAACUAUUUAGAAGCCACCAAGUUUAUUCACCCCAAAAAUUGAUUGUAUGAUUUAAAUAUAGCACUUAGAUGAGCAUUUCCUGUAAUUAGGGUGUUCAGAAUAGUUGCUGAAAACAGUUGUGCCAUUGAUCAAUGGAUGCACUUGGUUAGCCUUAAUUUUUUUAAAGAAAACACAUUAAAAACUUUCUUGAGUAUUUCAGUUCGCUCAUUUUAUGUUUGUGCUGCUGGUGUUUGGAAAAAAAUCAAACAGUUAAGUGCUACCAGAAAGUGUACCAAUUUUUUUAAAAAAUAAGAACAAGAUAAAUUUCACAAUCUGAAAUUUUAAUUUUGUGCAAUAUUUUCAUUUAGUGCAUGUGUAUUUGAGUAAUUGUAAAAUAAAUGAAUUUUUAAUGUUUUGAGAUGUAGUUUUAACUGUCUUCUUAACCCAACAACUGACGUUCCAUCGUCGCUGCAUCCUUUUAUUUAGGGACUUGUUUUAAAAGUCUUUUUGUCGCUCCUUGUAAAAUUCUUUGAUUAGUAGUAAAUUUUGCUUAUAGGAGCAUGGCUCCUGUAUUACAAGGGAAAAAUAUGAAGAGCACAUUUUAGGAUUCUAAUUGUUAAAAGAUCACUUGUGCAUAUCAUUGUACAGUAAGUGUCAACUGUGUGCCUAACUGUUCUACCAGUGCUUUCCUUCUUCAACAAAGAAGAAACAACAAUCAGAAUGUCAGUUAUUUUUAUUGAACUAAAAAAGAUUAAACUUUUAUUUGGUUUGCUUUAUGUUCUUGUCCAUUAGAAAAUACUAAUAAAGUAUUAACAAACA